ACAAUAUUUGCCAAAUCCGCAGAAGAAAAUGUGUAUCAUAUAUAUUGCGGUGUUAUUUGCGUGUGUAUGUGCAAGUGAUGGUUUGCUACUUAAUGACCCUUCGUCCAUCGAGCAACGUUUAGCUCACAUGGAAUCUCUGAUUCAAGGACUGUCACAGGAAGUCAGCACUUUGAGAACUGAAAAUGCCGACUUGAAAUCUAAAAUUAACACAGAAAGAACCCCCGUGUAUUUUUCGGCAUACAGGAAAACCCACUUGACCUUUCCUUCAACGUCCCAAGUAGAUGUUGUGUACGAUGGUGUUCGAGAUAACUUCCACAACUGUUACAAUCCCUCGACUGGACAUUUUACUGCCCCAAGGAAAGGCUUUUACGUCUUUAGUUGGGAAUCACUGACACCCGCUGGAAAAAUUUUUGAUACCGAAUUAUUGGUCAAUGGUGCAAGACAUCAGUUGAAUAACUGUAACAAUUUGGCAACAACAGCUUCCUAUUCGAGCUGCACUGGAGUGGUUCCCAUCACGCUUGAGGGCGGGGAUAUUGUCAAUAUCAGGAGCACAAGUGGGACAUAUCUCCACGGUGAUGGUUGGUCAAGUUUCAGUGGUUGGCUUGUAUUUGAGAUGUAAUAUUGAAUGAUUUCAUGUAAUAAAUCGUUUCCUUGAAUCAA